UUCAAGCAUCGUUCAAGUUUAAACUGCCAUCGGUUGAACGGGAAUUGAGAAAGACGAUUUUGACUUUAAACUGACGUUUACUAGAAGUUCAGCAUAGGGAUUACGAACACUCGAUACGAAUCGUAUCCGCCAUGUUUUCCCAUAAGGCGCUAUGGUAAAACAUGGCGGAUACGAUGCGUAUCGAGUGUACGUAAUCCGGGCCCAGGUUAAACUGGAGUUGAACUCGAUAUGAGAAAUUGGCCCUUACACUACAACUACAUGCUACAUGGUUGCCAGGUUGCCUAAUGCCAGCAGAGCUAGACAGCAAGACAGCUGUCAACAUCUUGUGAGCUUUUUGUCAAAAAUUUAAUUUUUGAUCAUUUUUUUUUCAAAAUCCAAAUCAAACCAUAAUCAUAAUCAAACAUUUUUUCAUUUUUUGGAUUGCAUAUUGGAUGUAAAAUUCUUAUUGGAAAUAUUGGAAUACAUCAUAAAAUCAAGUGUAAUCAAAUGGAAAAUGGAAGUAAAACAAGAAAUUAGUGAGGAAACGUGCAAAAUAGAAAUAGAGUAUAAUGACUUGGAUUAUGCUCUUUUGGAUGAGUUUAAAUGUGAAAUUCAGGAGGAAUCCAAUAGACAAAGUACCCAGGACACAUAUCCUGUAGGCUUAAAGAAAUUUACCAUAAAUACUGAAAUAGAACAACAUGGAAUUAAACUUACCUCAUCUGAAGAAAACCAAAAAACUGAAAAAGGUUAUCACCAAGAUGAAAGCAAAAUGGAAAUUAUGGAGAAAGUCAUUGGAGAUUCAUCUCACCAAGUAAAUGAUACGGCUCGACACACUCGAGGAAAAACAUCAAAUAAAAAUAAGAAAGUUGCGAUUGGAAAAAGACCACAUAAAUGUGAAAUUUGUUUUAAACAGUUUAGUACUUCGAGUAAUUUGAAAGCACAUUUGAGAGUACACACGGGAGAAAAACGUUCCAAGUGUGAAAUUUGUUUUAAAAAGUUUAGUAAUUCAAGUUAUUUGAAAAUACACUUGAGAAUACAUACUGGAGAAAAACUUCACAAGUGUGAAAUUUGUUUUAAGCAAUUUAAUGAAGCGAGUAAUUUAAAAAGACAUUUGAAAGUGCAUACUGAAGACAAACCAUACAAGUGUGAAAUUUGUUUUCAACAGUUUUCUGCAGCAGGUAGUUUGAAACGCCAUAUGACAGGACACAUUCGAAAGUGUGAAAUUUGUUUUAAACAGUUUAGUACAGCAAGUAAUUUGAAAACACAUUUGAGAAUACAUACUGGGGAAAAACCUCAUAAGUGUGAAAUUUGUUUUAAAAAGUUUUUUAGAGAGAGUCAAUUGAACGUACAUUUAAGAGUGCAUACUGGAGAGAAAAGAUACAAGUGUGAAAUUUGUUUUAAAAAGUUUGCUGCAGCAAGUAGUUUGAGAUAUCAUAUGACAGGGCACACUGGAGAAAGGUCUCAAAAGUCUCAAAAAUGUGAAAUUUGCUUUAAACAGUUUGUUAAUUCGGGUAAUUUGAAAGCACAUUUGAGAGUACACACGGGAGAAAAACGGUAUAAGUGUGAAGUUUGUCUUAAAAAGUUUAGUCAUUCAAGUUAUUUGAAAAUACAUUUGAGAAUACAUACUGGAGAAAAACCGUAUGCGUGUGAAAUUUGUUUUAAACAGUAUUCUGUAGCAAAUAGUUUGAGACAUCAUAUGAUAGGACACUCUGGAAAGUCUCAAAAGUGUGAAAUUUGUUUUAAACAGUUUUUUAGUACUAGUUUGGCAAGACAUAUGAGAAUACAUUCUGGAGAAAAAUCUCAUAAGUGUGAAAUUUGUUUGAAACAAUUUAGUGGUUCUACUUCUUUGGCAAGACAUAAGAGAAUACAUACUGGAGAAAAGCCGUACAAGUGUGAAAUUUGUUUUAAACAGUUUACUACAGGAGACCAUUUUAAAAUACAUUUGAGAGUACACACUGGAGAAAAACCCUACAAGUGUCAAACUUGUUUUAAACAGUUUAUCACUGCUACUCAUUUGAAAAACCAUUUGAGAACACAUACUGGAGACAAACCAUACAAGUGUGAAAUUUGUUCCAAAGGGUUUAGUGUAGCAGACGGUUUGAAAACACACUUGAGAGUACAUACUGGAGAAAAACCUUACAGGUGUGAAAUUUGUUUUAAGCAAUUUAGUCAGACAGGUAUUUUGAAAUUACAUUUGAGAGUGCACUCAGGAGAAAAACCAUACAAGUGUGAAAUUUGUUUUAAGCAAUUUAGUCAGGCAGGUAUGGUGAAAAGACAUUUGAGAGUGCACUCAGGAGAAAAACCGUGCAAGUCCAAGAAUUGAAGUCCACAGAAUAUACCAAUUUGCACAUACGCCAAGUUCUUGAAAAUUUCAAGAUCUUGUCUUGAUUUCAAGACAAGAUCAAAACAAGAAAUUAUACAGUAUGUGGCAAAAUAAACAGUACUGAAAUGAA